AAUAAAAAUAAUAAAAAAGAAGAACCCGACACUUUCCGAACACGAUUGUGCUUCUUGCGACGUCGGCUGUUUUCCUCAGUACGGAAACGGCUUAGGAAAAACCAAAACAAUAAAUUCUAAAGUUACCGGCACGGCAGCGCGAUGGUGUACUUGCACUUUCCAUCAAAUCUAACCGAGGAGGAGUUGAUGCUGCAGGCCAAGUAUGCCAUGCUACGCAAAAAGAAGAAGGCGCUACAGGCACUCAAGACACCGAAACCGGAGCCAGAGAAAAGCAUUGUACCAAAGAAGCCGGCGGAUGCCCGGGACGCGCGCGAAGUGGCCCGCAAACUGCUGAAGAGCGGAGCUAUACAAGCAAUCCAGAAGCCGCAGAUCAAACAGGAAUCAUCGUUCAAGCGACCGAAGGGUCAAGAGCAGAAGAGGGCGCAAUCGGCCGAGCAGCCGAACGGUGGCAGCACUCAAUACCGAUCAUUUGGCGCAGUUGUAGCUGGUACGGAACAGGCUGGAUCGAGCGGCGAGCAAUCCGGCGAAGCUACGCUCUCGUCGGCAUCCGGCACUCCAGCGAUUGCAUCGACUGAUACACCGCUCGCCGAAGGGUCGACUGCUACUCCAGCGUCGCAAGGCACCGUUCGGUUGAACCUGUACCAGCAGUACGAGCGCGACCGCUCGGAGGUGGUCGAUUCUGUUGAGAAAGCGAGUGCCGUGGAUGUAGAGACUGCCAAGGAAAAGCCGCGCACCGGCAACACGGUGUACGUGUCUGGUAAUAAGGUGACGGAGGAGUUUCUGAAGAAGCACUUCGGCGAGUACGGUGAGAUCCUCAAUAUUUCGAUGGAGAUCGAGAAGGGCCGCGGAUUCGUGACCUACGCCAAGAUCGAGUCGGCGGAUCGGUCAAUUGCAGAGCUGCAUUCUAAAACGGUCGGAGGAAUCCAACUGCAAGUGCAGCUAGCACGACGUCAACCGCAAAUCAAUCCCAUAAACGAAGCCGGCUCGUCCGCCGUUUGGUCCGCUCUCGCUACUAACCGAUCUCAAAAAGGCAAACACAAGGAUAAUCGCGAGAUGGUUUGUUACGACUAUGAUGAUAUAUUUUAAACCGAUUUAGCAGCUGUACCUAUAAUAGUUUACAAACCAAGUGGCCAAAGUUAAUUCAAAGUAGAAUAGUGAUAAUACUCGUACACAAGCCGCUGUCACCUACUUCUUAUUUAGCAAUUACGGCGAAAACUCUUUUUUUUUAUUUUAGCUCAAAUUAAAGUUUGUUUUAGUUUUCUAAAACAUACAAUUUCACUAAAAUCCCCACUCGAAUAGAUUUUUAUUACUCAUUGGAGUUUCCUAAGUCUGAUUAGUAUUUUAUCUAUUAAGCCGGGGAUACAUGAAGCGUAAACUCUCGUAUAAACUCAGAGCGUAAUGUCAAAAAGUUUUCGCUUCGUGUGGCAGACAUAAACGCGUAAAAGUUUAUACCGAAACGUCAACUACAAUUACAUUCGUGCACCUGCAAUUACACUAUGCUAUUACAUCAAUUACAUGUGUUUUUGGCCACAAAAAAUAUAAAUCGACGAGAUAAGUUGAUUUCUGAACAUCUUCUUCUAUAUUUUAAGAUGUUUUUACUGUAUUUCAGCGAUUGUAGGACAUUCAACUCUUAAUAACGCUACGCUUCAUGUUCGUGCAGAGUUUACGCUUGCUUUUACACUUGGAUUUACGCUCCGCGGGCCUAUAAUCUUUUUGACAUAAGCAUAA